AUGCGAUUUAUUCCAAUCUAUGCAGCCAUUUUAUUUGGCUGUAUUUAUGCGACAACAUCAGCCCUUCCACAGCGAAAUAAUGGAUUCGAAGAUAGGCCACAAUAUUUAAAAUUUAGUGUACAAGAUGUAAAAGGUUAUAAUCAAUAUAAAACUAAUAGACGCAAUUAUAAUUUGGCAUCAAACAACCAACCGGUUAAUCAAUUUCCAACAGGCUUUCGAACGAGUUCAGCAUCUCAAGAGUCAUCCGAAGAGGAUGAUGCUGCUCCUGCAUCCUCACAACAAUUGCGUCGACCUGCUGCUUUUGAAAAUGAAAAUUAUCCAAAUGCCAUACCACAACAAAUUCGGCAGCCACAACAAAGCCAACAGCAACAAUAUAGGCGGCCAAACCAACCUCCACAACAAUUUAGAAAACAACUUGAGGAAGAGAAAGAAUUAGAAGAAGCUGAAAUUGAAGAACCAGAUCGUUUAAGUCAAUUGUUGCCAAAUUCUAAAUUUGAUUGCGGUGGCAAAAAUACUGGAUACUAUGCUGACGAAGGAUUACAAUGUGAAGUAUUCCAUUAUUGUCAAGAAGGUACAAAACAUUCAUGGAUUUGUCCAGAAGGAUUUACUUUCCACCAGGUUCACUUAAUUUGUAUGCCACCCAGCGGUGACAAUAUCUGCCAAAAAUCAUCUGAAUAUCAUUUUGUCAACGAAUAUUUAUAUAAACCAUUAAAUCUUGCUGAAGCAGAAUCCAAACCAAAUAUUACCCUCCGUUAUUCAGAUCGAUACUAUCCAGAAAAUUACAAUUAUGGUCCACAACAAGAAUCAGAUGAGGAAGAAUAUCAACCUCCAAGACGUCAACCUCAACCUGUUCAAGUACAAUUCCGUCGGCCACCCCAACAACCACAACCUACCAAUUUUGCACCAACAUUACGUCCAGAAACACACAUUCCUGUCCAAUUUAGACCAUCCGGUCAAGUAUUUCAUUCACCCGAAGAGGUUAACAUUUCAUUACAACAAAGACGUCCAUUAUUAAUUGCUCAACCAAAACACAAUUAUCCUAGUCAACCAAGUGGUUUUGACUUUCAAAAAUAA